AUGGUGCGACCACUUGUCAUUUUCCAAAGAACUGUAUUAGCUAAUUUUAAUUGUAUUUGUUGGGUUGGUUUUUGCUUCUGUUCCACUGAGAAGAAGACGAAAAUCUUCGUCGGCCGGUUACCAGCAAAUUGCCGCAAUGAUGAACUACGCAGCCUAUUCGUACGCUUUGGCGAGGUCACGGAAUGCGAAGUAAAGGAUCGCUAUGCUUUUGUACACAUGGCUCAUGAGGAGGACGCUGCCGAGACAAUCAAGUCUCUACACAACUCCAUCUUCAAGGGCUCGACGAUCAACGUCGAACAGUCUACGGGCAAGUCACGGGGCCGGCGAGACGACGGGCGUGGCGGUCCGAUGCGUGGAGGCAGAGGCGGAGGACGAGAUGGAGGCCGCGAUACUCGUCCCGGUCCGUAUAACGACAGGAGAGUCCUGCCAAUCCAUAAUUCAGGCUACGAAGGCUCAGUCGGUGGUGGCGGUGGCGGCUACCAGGACUACAACCGCGGGGGUGGAGAUUUUGGUGGCCGGGGUGACUUUGGCGGUGGAUACAACGACCGAGGCGGCUACGGACAAAACGUCGGUGGGGCUGCGAUGGGUUACACGUCAACGGCACCCAUGGGAGGCUACGGACCUGCUGGUGGUACCGUAGGUGGAUACGGGCCGACCGCUGCCGUGGACUACGGUAGAACCGACUACGGCAGGACGGCUGACUUUGGCGCCAGGACAGACUAUGGAACCCGUGGAGAGUUUCCGAUGUGUGACUACUCAGUGGCAGGUGGUGGUAUGACGAGUGAUUUCAGCAGGGCAGCGCCAGGACCAGUUGACUAUGGACGAACCGACAGCUUUACGACGGGCCGUGUCGACGCGUAUGCCCCGCGCACCGACUAUGACCGCACGGCAGCUGGACCCAUGAGAAACGGCAGUGGUGUGGCCGCCGGCGGUUACAGCGCAGGAUAUGGAGAUGUUGGACCAAUCGGUGGAGCACCUAGCUACAACACUGGUGGACCUAGUUACAACGCUGGUCCUGGACCACAAGCAGACAUGUUCAGUCGAAGAGCUGGAGGGACUGUACCGAGUGCCGGAUACCAAGUUGGAGGAUACACAGAAGGAUAUGACAGAGCAGACCCAUAUGGUCCUCCUCGUGGAGGUGGUCGCUUCCCAGGCCCGGCAGACGCGAUGCCACCGAGGUACUAAAUAACCGAACGUGUACCUACUAAAGCGCUUGUAUAAGCACACACGAAUAAUAUGGCAAAUUACCUAUAAGAUUAAGAAACUCAUGGGGAUAAUUAUAUAAGUGCGCGAAUAUAUGUCUACGUCAAAUACACACAUCCGUUAUGCCCCUACUCUCGAAACUAAAAGCCCACUUCACCGACACAAGAAUAUACAUGAUAAUUAAUGACUGUAUACCUAGUUUGUACGAAUUUGAGAAGCAAAAUGUAAAAUUAUAUAUGUGGGAAAACAAAGACAUAGAAAAUGAUGCUGAAUGAUCGUGUGUAAAGUUACUUAAGGUUAAGUGUGGUUUCAAGAGACAAAAGUUACAAUUUGUUUAUAAGGUUUUGUAAAGAUAAUUCGAGAGGUUGCGCAGGAGCGUACAUUUUGAUGAGUACAGACAUUAUUUGAUAACUGAGAAUUAUUAAUAGAAAUGUAACAUUUUUAUACUGUUAACUUUUGUCAAACAAAAAAAAGUAAUUCUUAUUAAACAUUAUAAAUAUCAAUACAUUAAAUAAAAAAAAAAGAACACAGAAAGCACAUGCAAGUAUUUGCUUCGAUGAACAUUUAAUUGUCUGGAAAAAAGAUUUAAAGUAGCCAUUACCACUCGCCUGAUUGGGGACUAAGCUUAGUUUUAACAUAGGCUACGAACAUUGAUUUUUUUUUCCUAGUUAAGUAUAAUCUCAUACUAUGUAGAUAAGCUAGUAACAUUGAAAAGUUGAUGUAUAAUUUUGUUCUUUUUCUUUUUUGUAUGUGUAAGAAUUUGAGACACAAUGUUUUAAACAUUAGUCAAUAAAACAGAAAUGCUUAAAGUUGCUUUCAUU